AUGAUGAAGACAAAAGCUGGUGCGUUUGUGGUAGACGCUCCUUUGUUAGAGAGCUUGGACAUUGCUGAUCAUAACGACAGUGGGUGUUGUUACAUUCAUCAAAAUAUGCCUGAGCUUGUGUCUGCGUGUCUCGACAUUAAUUAUAUGAUCUUUCUUUGGACAUUUUUGGGUUGUAUAACCUCAGUGAAGCGUCUCUAUCUAUGUUCAUCAACCAUAAAGAAUGCUUACCCUGAGGGCAGUGUCUUCCACCGUCUUGUACAUCUAACGCUAUGCACAUGUGGGAGGAAGUGGUUGAAAUUUCUUUCGCGUCUGCUUAGAGAUUCUCCUAAAUUACAAGUUCUCAGAUUUGAACAGUGCCAUGAGCUUCCAGAUGACGAGCCGCGUCCGUGUUGGAAUGAACCGAGCUCAGUUCCUGAAUGUGUGGUGUCGAGUCUUGCAACUCUGGAAUGGGUAAAAUAUGAAGGAACAGAAGAAGAGAAAGGAGUAGUGGCAUUCAUCUUUAGAAGCGCAAGAUGUUUAAAGAAGGCAACAAUCUCAUCUAAAUCUACGGAUCCCGUCAAGAAACUUGAGAUGCUCAAAGAAUUGACAUUUUUGUCAAGGUGUUCAACUACCUGUCAUCUUACAUUUGACUGA